UUUCCCUCAUUUUCUUUUUUUCUAGGAUUUUCUUCAUUAUGACCGCUGCCUAUUGAAAAUCAACUCAUUCAACAUUUUAAUACUCUGUGUUUACCAAACAAACAGCCUAGCACAACUGGUAUCAAUGGAGUACUCAACAGCAAUCGUGUUUUCGCAGCUCUCAUUAUUCCCCUCAACACUUCAAACAGAAACCAGAGCUUACACGUUCAAGCUAUGGAAGCAGAGAACUUGCCAAUCUACACGUUUCCAGUGUCACAAGAUGUAUGUCCCUGGAUUCGGGACAUCACCGGAAUCCACAGCAGCCCAACAUCUGCACCAUUUCUUCAAUUAUAUUGCUGUUAAAAUUGUUGCUGCGCAGCUUCAGAGCUACAAUCCUGAGGCGUAUGAGGAGCUGAGAGAGUUUCUGGAUAAAUACUCAUUGAAUGAUGGGGAUAAGUUUUGCGCAGAUUUGAUGAGGGAAUCCCCCAGACAUAAAAAUCUAGCUUUGCGCAUUUUAGAGGUUCGAUCAGCAUACUGUAAGGAAGAUUUUGAAUGGGAUAAUUUGAAGCGCCUCGCAUCAAAGAUGGUGGAUGAUUCUAAUAAAAAGAUUAUGAUGGAUUACAUCGUGGAUACUAGCUGCACGGUAGAAGGAAAGCAAAUUUGCUAGAAAAACUCCUUAAAAUUCUUGAUCAGCCCAAGAUGAAGCGAACCAAAAUCACAAUAUAAUAUCCUUGUAGAUUCUUGAUGAGGGUGUGUUAUGUGUCGGAUGAACCAAAUCCUCGCUGGAUUUUAUUUUUCCGUUACAUGGGGCUAAACUGAAAAUAUGAACUUGUAGUUUACACUACUCUAAUAGUCAAUAUGGAUGUGUGAUGGUGUACAAUGCUCCAAUUGUCAACAUGACCAAUGAGUCAAGAGAAUGAAUAUAGAGCCUUUUUGGAUGAGCU